UGCUCCCGGGCCCGCCUUACGGGGCGGGACAGCGACGGCCGGCGGGGCCGUGAGCCGUCCGCGGAGGAGGUGACUGCGCUGGAGCGGCUGGCACGGGUGUACUGCAGCCGGGCUAGGCGCUGUCGGCAGCUAGGCGAGGCCGUUUGCGGCGUGAGGCCGCUCGCAGCGCGGCAGGCAUACAAAGCAGAAAGAGUGUCCAGUGCAAGACCAGCUGCGUGCUUACAGCUCCAGACAGCAGAGGGAGUAUGGACACCUGUGUUGAGAGCCACCAAGGGUCACCCGUGCCAGACUUUCUCCUAGAUAGAAUGCAAUCCUCUUUGUCUGCACAUCCAGCUGCCCUGUUCUGACUUGUUUCUCAUCUGCCUGGCCCUGCAGGGGAGAUAUUCUGAAGGCUGAUAUUCAUUAGAAGGUCUGUGACAAUGGCAGAAGAGGUCCAUCACCGAGAAGCUUGAACAGUGAUACCAGGACAGCUCUUUGAGACUCUGGCCACAUGAGCCUGAGCUACAGGAGACUGCAAACAUGUUGAAACCAAGUGGACUUAAAAUCCCUGGCAAGGCUGGGAAGCACUCCAGCCCGGUGGGACGGACGUCAGGGACCACUGCUGCUGCUGCUGUCACCACUGGCUCCAAGGAAGGCUCGCCUUUACACAAGCAAGGUACCACCUCCACCGCCAGCGCCGAGAAGUCGGCUUCCAAGGUUGCCGAGGUGGGCGAUGAUUUCCUGGGAGACUUCGUGGUGGGCGAGCGCGUCUGGGUGAACGGAGUGAAGCCAGGUGUGAUCCAGUACCUCGGGGAGACGCAGUUCGCUCCGGGCCAGUGGGCAGGCGUCGUUCUGGAUGACCCGGUGGGUAAGAAUGACGGCUCCGUCGGCGGAGUGCGCUACUUCGAGUGCCAGCCGCUGCAGGGCAUUUUUACGCGACCCUCCAAGCUGACGCGGCAGCCGGUGGCCGAGGGCUCGGGGAGCGACGCCCCCUCCGUGGACUCCCUGACGGCCCAGAACUUGUCGCUGCACUCGGGGACGGCCACGCCGCCUCUCUCCACCCGUGUCAUCCCGCUGCGGGAGAGCGUCCUCAACAGCGCCAUGAAGACGGGCAACGAGUCCGGCUCCAACCUGUCGGACAGCGGCUCUGUGAAAAAGGGGGACAAGGACCUGCGGCUCGGAGAUCGUGUGCUGGUUGGUGGGACGAAGACAGGAGUGGUGCGCUACGUGGGAGAGACGGACUUCGCCAAAGGAGAGUGGUGUGGCGUGGAGCUGGAUGAGCCCCUGGGCAAGAACGAUGGGGCAGUGGCUGGGACAAGGUAUUUUCAGUGCCCUCCCAAGUUUGGCCUCUUUGCUCCCAUCCACAAGGUGAUCCGGAUCGGGUUCCCAUCGACCAGCCCUGCCAAGGCAAAGAAGAGCAAGCGAAUGGCCAUGGGAGUGUCUGCCUUAACCCACAGCCCCAGCAGCUCCUCCAUCAGCUCUGUCAGCUCGGUGGCAUCCUCUGUUGGAGGCAGGCCCAGCCGCAGUGGGCUGCUGACAGAGACCUCUUCUCGAUACGCCCGAAAAAUCUCUGGCACCACAGCUCUGCAGGAGGCCCUGAAGGAGAAGCAGCAGCACAUUGAACAGCUGCUGGCAGAGCGUGACCUGGAGCGGGCUGAGGUUGCCAAAGCCACCAGCCACAUCUGUGAGGUGGAGAAGGAGAUUGCCAUCAUGAAGGCCCAGCACGAGCAGUACGUCACGGAGGCAGAAGCGAAUCUCCAGCGAGCACGAGCACUGGUGGAUGGCAUGCAGAAGGAGAAGAUUGAAUUGUUGAACCAACUGGAGGAGGAGAAGAGGAAAGUGGAGGACUUGCAGUUCCGUGUGGAGGAGGAGUCCAUCACAAAGGGGGAUCUGGAGACUCAGACGCAGUUGGAGCAUGCCCGAAUACGGGAGCUCGAGCAGAGCCUGCUGUUUGAGAAGGCACAGGCUGAAAAACUCCUCAGAGAAUUAGAGGACACCAGGCUAACCACAGUAGCAGAGAAGUCCCGAAUCCUGCAGCUGGAGGAGGAGCUCAGCCUCAGGCGCAGUGAGGUGGAUGAGCUGCGGCAGUGCCUCAGGAGCUCUCACCAAGCAGAGACCCCUGAGCAUAACCUUGGCUUGCAGUCAGAGGCUCUUCGCCUGCGGGAUCAGCUGCUGUCUGCCAACAAGGAGCACCAGAAGGAGAGCAGCCAGCUGAAGGAGAAGUAUGAGAAGACAUUGAAGAAGUACCAGCAGGAGAUGGAGAAGCUGAAAUCUGUCAAUGAGAAGUACUCGCAGGAAAUUGUUGACCUAAAGCAUAAAGUUCAGCAAGCCACUAAUGAGAACAUGGGGCUCAUGGACAAUUGGAAGUCCAAGUUGGACACCUUAGCUUCUGACCACCAGAAGUCUCUGGAGGACCUGAAAGCCACUUUGAACACAGGCACCGAUACCCAGCAUAAGGAGAUUGUGGAACUGAAGGCAGUGGUGGAGAGUAUAAAGAUGGAGCACCAGCUUGAGUUGGAGAACCUGAAGGCAAAACAUGACAUUGAGACAGCUGUUCAUAUAAAGGAGAAAGAAAGUCUCAAACUGAAGCUGCAGGAGGCUGUGGAUGAAGUGGAAAAAAGCAACAGCAACUGGAAAAUGCAACUGGAAACCAAAAGCAAUCAGCACCUUCUGGAGCUCCAAGACGUGAAGGACAAGUGUCGAGACGCUGAGCUGAGGGUGCAUGAACUGGAGAAACUUCACAGUGAAUAUAGUGAUCAGACACAAGCAAUAGCUUUCUUGAAAGAGCAGAUUUCUUUGGCUGAGAAGAAGAUGUUUGACUAUGAAACGUUACAGAAAGCAGAAGCCCAGAGCAAACAGGAGAUCCACAGACUGCAGGAAAAAGUGCUUGUCUUAGAGAACAAGCUGCAAUCCCUGGAGGCCCUGAAUCCUUCUCAGCAUGCAAAUAUGAUAGAAACUAAUGAUAUUUCAGAAGAAAAGAUAAAGAUGAAGCAGACUAUGGAAGACCUCCAAGACAAGUUGAGUAAAAGAGACAAAGAGGUGUCAUCCCUGGUGUCCCAGACUGAAAGUCUAAGGGCCCAAGUAAGUGCUUUGGAAAACAAAUGCAAAACAGCAGAAAAGAAGGCAGAUUUGGUGUUAAAAGAGAAGAAGAGGCUGGAAGGUGAACUGGAAGCCUUGACCAAGAAAACUCACGAUGCUUCAGGGCAGCUGGUCCUCAUCAGCCAGGAGCUGCUCAAGAAGGAAAGGAGCCUGAACGAGCUGCGAGUGCUGUUACUGGAGGCCAACCGGCACUCGCCCGGCCCCGAGCGGGACCUGAGCCGGGAAGUGCACAAAGCCGAGUGGCGCCUGAAGGAGCAGAAGCUCAAAGACGACAUCAAGGGGCUGCGAGAAAAGCUGGUCGUGCUGGACAAGGAGAAGUCGGUAGCGGAUCAGCGGCGAUACUCCCUGAUCGACCCCUCCACCGAGUCGGAAGUGAUCCGGCUGCAGCACCGCCUUGUCAGCACGGAGGAUGUGCUGCGCAACGCCCUGGAGCAGGGCCACCAGAUGGAGAAGCUCAUGGAAGCAAUGAGGCUGUCCUCGGAGAAAACACAGACUGUUGGGAAUUCUGGGUCUGCUAACGGGAUUCACCAGCAGGAUAAAUCCCACAAGCAAGAGGAGAAACUCUGAUAGAGAAGAGGUGAAGAGGAUCAUUUCAUGCCAGUAUCAGCUCCUGUGCACAGUCAGGAAAAACAAUACCACAUCUGGCUUUAGCACCUCCAAAAGACCAGACACAGUAUUUUCACUUCAAAGCAGGACAAUGUUUAUAAUGUACUAACUGAUGUGAUCAGGACAAUCCUGGAGUCUAGUUUUUCAAGGCAGCCAUCGUUCCAGGAGGGAGCAGAAAGGUCUCUCUGGGUUUGGUUUCUUACUUGUAUUGGUAUUGACUGUGGAAUUUGUAUUGCUUGAGCAGCCUUUCUCCCACCAGCUGACCUGGUCUGGAUGACAGCUGCCUCGAGUGGUGGCUCAAGUGUCAGCAAGUCCCAGUAGCCCCACAGGAGCUACAAAGGGAGCUGCUUGUGGCCUUCAGCUCCAAAGAGUGUGCCUAGAGGCUGCACGCUUCCCACGUGGUCUGUCCCUUCCCUUCCACCCACCCGUGUCCUGAAGACCUGCACAAGCAAGUGAAACCUGCUGGGCUGACUGUUGGUGUGGGCUGGGGAGCACAGGGCAAGGAGAAGGCAGGGCAGGUGUAGGGCACGGGGGCUGUGCUCUGUGCUAGCACGUCGUGAGAAAUGAUCUGAUGGCAGAGGGAGCUGUGCUUUGUUGCUCUCUCACUGCUGCCUGGGGAGGGAGCUGUGGUGGCUCUGAGCUAGGGGACCUCGCUUAGGUGCGGUUGGGCUUUCUUCCUGCAGAGAGGUUGCUGAGCAGGUCUGUGAUGCCCUGUGUCACAGCCAGGCUGCCCAGCCUGUGCCCUUGUGUGUGUUCUACUGGGUCUUUCUUGAGCACAGGACUCCACAGACAGCUGGAUCUCAGCAUCACCAGCCCGAGAGCUCCAUGCUGGCUGCAGUCAGCCUGGGGUAGAUGCCUUGAGGAGAUGACUCCCUCCUUGCUUGUUCAACUUAACAGCUAAUUGGGGAUUGCCUGGAGAAUUGGGGAUUCUCCAGCUCUUCACUAUGAUGCCCAUCCCAUCCUGCCAGGAAUGGAGGAGGCUAAGGGGCUGCUGUAGCAUCCAUGCAGCUGUGGCUCUCUGUACUCGAUGGGUACAGCAGUCCUCUGUGCAUGACCUGAUGGCAAGCAUUUGAAGCAGAAGGAAUCCAAGACUGGAGCCCACACAGCUCUUGUGUCCAUACACAGCAGUGCAGCCCCAGACGAGGGCCUUGCUUGUUCUUCUGGGGCCUUUACCCUUCUCUUUAACUUUACAUCACAGAUUCCAAGAGACAUUAGGGUGGAGGAAGGGGACAAUAUGCUUUUAAAGGUGUGAGAGAGUCCAGUUCAGGUUCACUGCUCAGUACCACAGGGAACAAUCACAGCAAUAUUUUACUAGGCUUCCUGUAGUUAAGUGCCCAACUCUUCCAGUCUUCAGAAGCUCUUGUGUUGUGGUGCAGCAUCUGUGAAAGAGGACAAGACAGAAGAGACCACUGAGAGGUGAGAUCUGAGCCAGGCCACAGGCAGGUGAGCCUCAUGGCACAUCAGCUUUGUUGCUUUUUUGCUCUGAUUUCCUGUCAAGUUGGGUUACUUUUUCCUAGGGGGUUGCCAGGCUCCUACCUCCUUGAAGGAUAGGCAGCCAGAAGCAACCUGGGAAAGGCUUGGGCUUCGUGGUUACACUUCUGCCAUGAGGAGGACAUUGCUGAAUCUGGGCUAUGAUACAGUUCUGGUCACUGGGCGAAGGGUUGGUGAUCUCCCUCCAUUAAAUAAAGGAUGAGAGAGGAUAGUGGCUCCAGGGGAUUAAAGCAGGUCAGAAAGCACAGCUUAAAUCUGGUGUGUGGCAAGGCAAGGCAGAGCUUAAGACCUAAUUGGCUGAAAUCAUCCUGCCUUGUAGAAGUAUUUCAUCAGCUCUUACUAAUCACCAGGAAGAUUUCUACAUCUCUGCCUAGCUCUGGGACUUUCCCAAGGGAUCAUAAGGGUGGUCUCCAAAAUCCUUCUGGCUGGGGCAUUCAUCUCCUAAGUGAUUUAGGAAAAUCCCAGAGGGAGUGCUUGUUGUUGCAGCCCACAACAGUGAGUACCUCACUGGCAGCUGCUGUGCCUAAGCGUUUAGGGCUGUGUCCCAAAGUGGUCUCUGAAGUCUUGUCUAUGGUUCCAGCUGGCUUGAGCAGAGCUAACAAGAGUGCUUCUUGUGCUGCCUCUGUCCAAGUCCAGGGCUUCCUGAGCACCUGUUGUCUGGCAGAGCCCAUUUUGGUGUGUAGCUUACUUCCCCUGAUGGGUCUUCUAGUGACUUGUGACCAGCUGCCUUCACCUACAAAGGAAGGAUACCUGUGUUUUCCACCUCUCUUGAUGAACCUUUGGCUCUGCCAAAGGAUCUCCCAGGAGUGGUUAUGAGGACCACAUAUUUGGUUCCGUUAAUCGCAUGCAAAGUUGUCAGAGUGGCAGUGGUUCAGGGUGGAGGAGUCUCUGGCUCCUGCCUCCUUUCUGUGGGCAGCUCAGGCCUAUGGCUCUUCCCAGCCAGCUUGGGUGACAAUGCAGAACAGCAGCAGAUGUUAAAGUUAGUGCUGAUGGGCUUCCCUGGCUGUAAAUAGCUGUGCUGGUCUCUAAAGAUCAGCCAGGAGCUGAUGGCACUUCUUGUGUGUGGUCUUCAUAUUGCAGGGCUGUACCAAAGUGAGCAGCAAGGCAAAGCCAGGUCCCCUGUGUCUCCACUGUCCUUGGGGUGCAGGUCCAUGGGAGCUGCUCUCCAAAGAGGAUUGAGUACAGUGUCACCAAGACACUAUCCCAUGCAUCAUCUGGGGUUCAGCUCAACCCUGUAUGAAGUGGCCAGGAGGGGAUUUGGACACCAACCAUGUCCUCCCUCUCCAAUAACUGGCACAGACUUCCAUUCUGAGGUUGUGAGAGACCAAACUAGGGACUAACUUGGGAAGGACUUGGAGGAGAUUCCCCAGCCCCUCUAUUUAUUUGUAAGUUUUAAGUGCUAUUUUUGCCUACGUGGUGGUGUAUAAAGUACUUCACGAUAUUUGGUCUUACUGGCUUGGUUCUUUGGGGGAGAUUUCCAAGGGUGUUGGAGCACUGGUGCACCCAUCUCCUGUUGUGGGUUAAGGGCUGGCUCCUGAUUGUGCCUUCACUCCCACUGUGGCUUCAGCCUUGUUCUUAUCUUGAUCCCUGAAAGCUGGAGGGGGGGGGUCGGGGGCCCCUCUCCCAGCUUGUGUGUGCCAUGCUGGUUUUGCAUCUGGAGCCAAGUCCUAAGCAUCGUGCCUCAGAGCACCAGUGCAGGGUGGGGAGCAGGAGGUAGCACUGCUGGAGCCCUGGGCACCAAGGGAAGGACCAGCACCCUGGGUGUGAGGCCAGCUGCGAUACCCCAACGGUUAGUGAUGCUCUUCUGCUGACAGCUGAGAUGUUACCCACUAAAAACCUUCUUUCACAUGGAGACUGCUCCACGUUUAGUGCUUUCUUUAACCCUCUAGACCAAAGGGAAAAGAAUCUUGGCUGGUGACUCCAACUUUAUCCCUCCUACAGCAUCCAGAGAGCUGGAGCGAGGGGCAGCACCGUGCCGGUGCCGUGCUGAACCACGGGUGCAAAGUUGCCAGCCAAGGCUUUCCAGCUUCCCCCUACCACCAGCAGUUCCUCUGGCUUGAAGUAGAGAUGCAUGAGGGUUUCAUUCCACCGAAAGGAUGCCAACAACACUGCAAAAGUCUUACCAGGAAUUGCAGUGCUCCAUUGUUCGGCAGCUUUAGCAGCUCAGCACUAUCUCGUAGGGAGUUAUUAACACACUAAGAUCCUCUAGGCCUCAUGUAAGUUACCAGAAUAAAGCUGAUACUAGAUGUAUAAAUGGAUGAUAACCUUUUACCCCUACAGUAUGUAUUACAAUUUUUUUGUAGCUUAGUCAUUUUUUGGCUAUCAGAUUUUGUUAGUAUGAUAUAAAAAAAAACCAAACAGAAAAAGAUCCCAAAAAAAAAGGAAGAAAAAAGGUUUGACUGCUAAUGUCUAUUUUGUUAUUUGAGUCGUUUUCUUUCUCCCUCUGUACAAAAGCUGUACAAAUCUCAGUCUGUGUUAACUACUACAGAUGUGUAUCCAUGUACCAUCCACCCCCUGUCCUGGCUUGCUGGUGUGGUGAGCUCAUUACUAAACAAUAAAAGCUAAGCUGUGGCUGGA